AUGGAUCUCGCCAAAAACCUCCUUCGCACCACAGCACGCGCCUUCUACACAACCGAAGAAGUGCUAAUAAUCGACGCCCUCGGCAUCCACAGCACCCUCACCGACGCAGACCUCGCCCACUGCCUCGGCACAAACCGCAAAGAACUACGGAAACAAUGCGGAAAGCUCAAAGACCACGGCCUGGUCACUGUACAAUCCCGCGCUGAAAAAAAGGAAGAUGCGCCGCCUCCGAGCACGAAUCCGAAUUUCAAGAAUAGGGAUUAUGUGAAGCAUCAGGAUUGGUAUUGGUUGCACUUUCAUCCGGCGAUUGAUGCCAUCAAGUAUCGCUUGAGUAGGUUGAGUAGGCAUAUUGACAGUAUGGGGGCGCCGACCACCGAGAAGAAGGACUUGGAGUGUCCGAGGUGUAAAAGCCAGUAUACGGAUCUAGAAGUCAUGGACAACAUUGAUCCCAUCAGUGGAAGCUUUCUGUGUCAUCUCUGCGAACACCCUCUGGAUCCUGUGGAUGAGGAACUGCAAAAGGGGGAGAAUGAGAGUAAGAUGAGACUCAAUACACAAGUGGCUGCUAUUGAAGCUCUGCUCCGCGAAAUCGAUCAGGCAAAUGUGCCGGAAAAUGAUUUCGACACGGCCUUGUCUAUGCAUUUGCCCAUUAACCGUGGAGACGCGCAUCCAGACCGUCCGAGAAUGAUACCGGAAGAAGUCAAGCCCAGCAUUGCAGGAUCGAAGGGUCUUGCCCUCGCCCCAGAGACGGUAAAAGUGCAAUUGGAAGAAGACAUUACCACAAAGCCGGAUCCGGAAGCUGCGAGGAUCAAGCGGGAGAAGGAGGCCAAGCAGAAUGCUCUGCCGGAAUGGCUUACGAAGUCUACGGUUUCGGGCGAUGUGACGACGGCGGGUGCAAAGGAGUUGAGAGAGCAGAGGGAGAGGGAGGCACAUGCCGGAGGGCUUUCUGUGGACGAUGCGGCAGACGAGAAGAAGAUGGGAGGGACACCUGGCAGAGACGAUGCGGUCAUGGACGACUACUGGGCAGCCUACCGCGCAGAGCAAGAAAGAGCACGGAUACAAGAAGAAGAGGAAGAAGACGAGGAAGAGGACGAAUUCGAAGACGUGCCUGCUGCGGUCACUGUGCCAGACAUCAAGGUCGAAGAGGCUGAAGGUCCAGAUGCUAAACGCGUCAAGACGGAGGAAGAGGCUGAUGCGAAGCCAUUGGCCAGUAUCCCGCCUCCUGCAGAUGCUAAUGCAGAGUCUGAUGAAGACGACAUGGAGUUUGAAGAUGUCUAG